AUGGGCAACUGCUUAAGAUACAUCGACCCUUCGUUCGCUGGCCUUUCAAGGGACGUCGGAGUCGACAUCACGCCGGUUAAGGAAUCCAGACUGCCGAUUAUCUUUCUAAUCGGAGGCCCAGGAGCGGGGAAAAGGACACAAGGCAUCCGGAUAGCGCGGCACUACGGCUUCCUCGGCAUCGUGACCAGAGACCUGCUGCGGGACGAAGUGGCCACGGGCACGCAGCAGGCCGUCACCCUGGCCCGCUUCAUGUCGGAGAGCCGACUGGUGCCCUCGGACGUGAUGGUAGAGCUCAUCAAGGCGAGGAUGCUGAGCGGCUUAGACACCGCGCGUGGCUUUAUUCUCAGCGGAUUCCCCAGAGGAAAGGAGCAGAGCAAGUACUUCGACAGGCACGUCCGGCCGCCGGACCUCGUCCUCUACCUGUGCAUGAGGAACUCGGUGAUGACGGACAGGAUCCUAGCGAGGAUCGUCACCGCCACCGAGCGGCAGGAACGCAACUUCGACGAGAUCAAGAAACGCAUCAAGACCUUCAGCAAGCUGAACAAGCCGAUCCUAAGGCGCUACAGCAAGAAGCUGUGCGUCAUCGACGGCGAGAAAGAGGAGUCGGUUGUCUUCGAGGACAUCUGUCGCGCGAUCGAUAACGUUCUGAUGAGCGGCCCGAGUACAUCGCCGGCGAAAGAGACCAAGUAG